UUUUGAGGAGUGAAGGUAGCAUGGUGUCGGCCAUGGGUGAUCAAGACACAGCCAGAAAAUGUGGACCAAUUUCUUCAAACUACGGCUUUUCUGCUGUCUGCUUGCAGUGUUGAUGGUGGUGGUGCUGGUCAUCAAUGUUACUCAGGUAGAGUACUUGGACCGUGAGACUGUUUCAGCCACAUUCAUCGACAGCAGUGGGCAGUUUGUUUCCUCCCAAGUGACAGGAAUUAGCCGGAAUCCCUACUGUGGCUAUGAGCACCAGGCCCUGUCCAGCCAGGAGCGUGUGGAAGAGGACUCCUUACUGGCUGCCUUGCAGUGGCAGGUUCCUGAUGUGGGCCCAGUCCCCUUUGUGAAGAGCACUGACCCUUCCUCCAGCUACUUCGUCAUCUUAAACUCUGCAGCCUUCUUCAAGGUGGGAAGCCAGCUGGAGGUGCUGGUUCAUGUGCAGGACUUUCAAAGAAAGCCCAAGAAGUAUGGUGGAGACUACCUGCAGGCCAGAAUUCAUUCCCCCAAGUUGCAAGCAGGGGCUGUGGGCAGAGUGGUAGACUAUCAGAAUGGGUUUUACAAGGUUUUUUUUACUUUGCUCUGGCCAGGCAAAGUUAAAGUGUCUGUAUCUCUGGUCCACCCCAGUGAAGGGAUCAGAGUUCUUCAGCACUUACAGGAAGAGAAACCAGACAGGGUCUAUUUCAAGAGUCUCUUCCGUUCAGGAAGAAUUUCUGAAACUACUGAGUGCAACGUGUGUCUUCCUGGGAGUCUGCCCUUGUGUAACUUUACAGAUCUCUACACUGGAGAACCCUGGUUCUGUUUCAAACCAAAGAAGCUCCCUUGCAGCAGCAGAAUUAACCAUUUCAAAGGUGGAUACCUGAAGGGUCUCCUAACUGCUUCAGAGAGCGCUUUCUUCCAGAGUGGUGUCAAUAUCAAAAUGCCAAUAAACUCCAAUGGACCUGAUUGGGUAACUGUGAUUCCCAGGAGAAUAAAAGAAACUAACAACCUAGAGCUAUCUCAAGUCUCAGGAACUUUUCCUUCUGGGUAUUAUUAUAAAGACCAGUGGAGGCCCAGAAAGUUUAAGAUGCGUCAGUUUAAUGACCCUGACAACAUUACAGAAUGCUUACAAAGAAAAGUGGUGCAUUUAUUUGGUGAUUCGACAAUUAGGCAAUGGUUCGAAUACCUUACUACAUUUGUUCCAGAUUUAGUGGAGUUUAACUUGGGCAGUCCCAAGAAUGUGGGUCCCUUCCUUGCAGUGGACCAGAAGCACAACAUCCUGCUCAAAUACCGCUGCCAUGGUCCGCCCAUCCGCUUCACAACUGUCUUUAGCAGUGAGCUCCAUUAUGUGGCAAAUGAGCUGAACGGUAUUGUGGGAGGGAAGAACACCGUGGUUGCCAUAGCUGUAUGGUCUCACUUUAGCACCUUCCCCUUGGAAGUGUACAUCCGGCGGCUCAGGAAUAUCCGUCGAGCGGUGGUCCAGCUCCUGGAUAGAAGCCCUAAGACUGUGGUGGUCAUCCGGACAGCCAAUGCCCAAGAGCUGGGGCCUGAAGUGAGCCUUUUCAACAGCGACUGGUACAACUUUCAGCUGGACACCAUCCUUCGGAGGAUGUUUUCAGGGGUUGGAGUAUAUCUCGUCGAUGCCUGGGAGAUGACCCUGGCCCAUCAUCUACCCCACAAGCUGCAUCCAGAUGAAGUUAUUGUGAAGAACCAGCUGGACAUGUUCUUGUCCUUUGUGUGCCCCUUGGAGAUCUAGCCUGUCCUGGAGGAAUCAUAUUCAGUUACCUUCCCAGUUGGCCUAGGUUACAGAAAGUGGCCCCAUUGAGAGAUGACUGCUGUUAAUAUGUACAAAAUUUGAAAAAGAGCUGAACCUUAUAUAAUGACUUGUAAAGAGCUUAGAAAGUGCAGGUUACAUUUAUAUCUACCUAUAGGAUUUUUUUCCAAUCUUGACUUAGCCAUGAUAGAACCCUUAUUAACAGCAUCUACACACUGUAUUGCCCUUGUAACCAAAGAUGCUAAUGAGUGUAUUUGAAUUAGCUUCUCUUGGGAAGGGAGAUUACUGUGCUAAAGAGUGUGAAAAAUGUUUGGACGUAAAUAGAAAAGACACAUUUGGUUGGCAGUGGAGUAUUUGUAACUUGUAAAGGCAAUUGAGUGCAUCUGCAUGAACAGCACAAGUGAUCCAUCUUCAGGGGGUGAACUAGAGAAGGCUUGUAGUCAGAGGCUCUUGGAACACACUGAUGACUGCCAUGUCUCAGGAGUUUCUCUUGAUGAUCUACCUUUUCUAAAUUACUUGAAAAUGCCAAUGUCCUUGGUCAGAAUUUUACUGUUUCCCGAUUUUGUCUAGGAAAGAAACAAAAGGGAAAUAUGAAACAAGCAUAUAUAAAAUAUGUGCUUUGAGUUGAUAUUUGCAUUCAGUGAUUGUUUCCUAUUCAGCUAAAUUUUAUGUGUGGACUGCUUAUUCUAGAAUAACCAAUUUUGGAACUGAAAGCGGGAAAUCUAUAAAUGGAAAUUUAUUUUUAUGUUCUGAAGUUUGAGAGUUUUAAGAAUUGACUUUCAUAUAAAGAAUGCUAUUGAUUAUUAUAAAGUUGUGGAAAUUUUUUCCACUAA